AUGACAUCGUUGAAGGCCGCGACAGACGGGGUCAGGACGAUAGCCAAGCCCAAGCUUAAUCAGGGCACCGUUCAGCCCAUUGGCACGUCUCAGACCUCAGAAACUCGCGCCUCAACUCACAGCCCGCUUGGUAGAAGCGUGAAUAAUUUACCCCCUCCAGGCGAUAUCAACUUGUCGGUCAGACGACGAACACGCCAAAAUUCAGCAGGGCCCCAUCCUGCUGUGAGAGGAAUUUUGGAUAUAGGUCACUCGAUCACCGUACCCCACGAAGACACCCACCCUUCAGGGGAGGACUCACCGCCACAGAUACGGAAAUCUCGUUACAAGAUCGGCCCGCUCCUGGACCUGCCAUUUGAACCCCGACCCGCUGGGACCAAGCGCAAGAAGGUGAAGGCAAAGCCUAAACCUCCCAAUCCCAAGGCGUACCUCGAACCGGCAAAUACGAGGUACCGUAGUUUUUUCUGGGACUUUUCAUUGCCAUGGGUUGAUACACCACCUGCCUCUCCCGAGAUGUCCCCUACGCCGGUGGCCUCUACGUCGACAAGCUCUACGGCUUCUGGGAGGCAACCUUUGUCGAGAACGGUGUCCUACAUGUCUUUGGGACCCACCUCGGAAAUUUCGACGCCUCGCAUCGACACGCCUCCUGCAUCUCCAGAGAUGUCCCCUACAUCAGUAGCCUCGACGUCGACAAGCUCUACCGCCUCUAGGAGGCGACCUUUGUCGAGAACGGAGUCCUACCUGUUCUUGGGAUCCACCUCGGUAAAUUUGACGCGGGUCGAUACACCCCCUGCAUCUCCGGAGAGGUCUCCCGCACCCGUAUCCUCGACGUCGGCAAGCCCUGCAGCCUCUAAGAGGCGACCUUUGUCAAGAACGGUCUCAUACAUCUCCCUGCAGCCAUUAAUCCACCAAACCCCCGCCUUGAGCAUCCCAUCGCUACGAGUUGACACCCCACCCGUGUCUCCAGAGAUGGUUCCCACACCUGUACCAUCCACCUCGGUUAACUCUGCGGCUCCUACUCGAAGGAAGCUAGAAAGAACCGUUUCUUACCUCUCGUUGGAACCAAUGGUCAGCGGACCUGGGAAAUCUAUCAACGACAACUCAUCGACAAAUGCUUCCAUGGCUAAGGCAAGCUCGAAGAAGAGGGCACGCGACGACCAAUGGGCUUUGGAGGCUGAAGCAGAGCGACCUUCUCAACGGGUUCGUACUGAAGCGGCUGGCGGUGACGAUAUGGAAGGCGCUUCGGAUACAGGCCUAGCGCUGAACCCUGUGAGCGUGGAUCAAACCUCUGUCCCAGCUUCUGGUUCUUCACAGACUGCGGAUGCGGCAGAUACGAAGCCGAAAGUCAAGUUUUCUUAUUCUAUUUGCUACCUGUCCAGAGGCAAAUCACGGUCUCCCGCGCCUCCCCCCCCACCGCGAUCUUUCUUACCACCCUCCCACUAUGCCGCCGCCGCGGGGUACUCAUCUUCAAAACCUGCCAAAGCUCCUUCCUCGUUGGAUGAGCUCAACAAAGCUGAACCACAGACGUACCAUGCAGUCGAUUAUUCUCAGUACGACGACUUCAUGCCCAUGUCCCAGCAUUCCCCAGAAAGAUCUAGUCCGGAAUCCUCAUCUGAGUACAAGUUGCCCAAGGAUACUCGUUUCAGCUUCAUCGCCGAAGCUAGAAUCAUUUCACCAAGGAAUAGCCAGCGCGAGAAGCGACAAAGCACGCUGACGGGGCUUCCGAACAUUGAGACUCAACUUCUACCAUCCCUGAGAGACACCAUUGACCGAAUGACGCGCCCGCCUUCUCGACCACCUCCGUCUCAACCGAAUCAAACAGACGCUUCAGCACACAGAGGCCGACCUCUAGAUCCCGCGGAUGUAAUAUCCGUGCACGAUUCUCGACAAAUGCGCUCUCACCAUCCUGUCCACGAAGUAGAUUGGAUGACUGAGGCCCCAGAAAUCACGCUGGGUUCCCACUCAAAUGACACCCCGCCUUCUGUGGCUUCCACGCCAAAGCUAAAAGCCCCCUCUCAUUCUGCUCUGAAGUCAUCGCUGCGAACGCCAACUCCCAAACUACCCCUACCAGACACCCACAUCCCCGUCCAGCAUACUUCUGGAGGCUCCCUGAGAAGCAAGCACCAAUUCGACACCACCGUACCUAUCCCACAACCAGCAAAAUCUCACGAGCCCACGAUUCCACCAAUACCACCCGACAAAACGCCCGCCAAACCAAGUGCGAAAACCCGGCCGUACCAGUCAAGCAUACCGCGUCCUAAACCCAGGUUCAACCCGCCUUCUUUCCAAUCCAAGGCGAGUACGGACGAUUCGGACUUCGAGAACCGAUACGAGCGAUACUCGAGGGACAAGCGAAAGCUCACUGUAGCGAACGCGGAAGUUUUACCAUCGGGUUCCAGUUCAUCAGAAAGUGAAGUGGAGUCAGGGAGGGGGUGGGAUACAGGUGUAGGGAAGAAUAAUCGAGGCGCUGUUGGGCUGGGACUUGAUAUGUCCAUGGAGGUGGGGCGGAAUGAUAUGGGAGGACGAUGGGAGGAAGACGUGGAUAUGCCAGACGCUCAAAGCAAUUACGAGAGCGCAAGGCAAAAGAUCCUUCGUUUCUCCCUACCGCCUUCUGAAUCGGCUGGCUCGAGAUACUCGGAAAGCAGUGAAGCUGCCUUUCGACAACAACCCCAAGCGGAUUUGGCUGCUGAUCAUGAGAGGCGGAGGGCAGCGCUGAUGAGUAUCGUUUCUGGGCUUGAUGCGGAAAUGGGGUUUGCGUAUAGUGGGUCGCAGGAUAUGAAUUUUGCGGUUGCCUUUCCUAGUAGGUUGGAAAAGGGGAAGGAUAGGGACGAGGAUGUACGAGAGUGCGAGAAAGGCCCCAGGAGCUCCAGCUCGGAAGAGGCUAUGGGUGAAGUGCCUCCGCGAUCUCAGUCAGUGUGCCAUUGGAACGCUACUUCGCCCUCCCAGUCGUCAUACCGCGGAGGUCUUGAAGCACCUGUGGAUGAGGUCAAGAGACGCUCUUCUUCCUCUCGUCAAAGUACUCUGUCAAUACCUCGUCGUCAAUCUGUUGCUGAUGACACAAGACUUUCCCCUGGAAGUCGCGGCUCUGGAAUUAUGGAUGGCGGCAAGAGACAGUCUUCUCCCAUUCGGCCACCAAUACCUCGUCCUUCUACUUUUGAGGACAAAGACACGGUACGACACCCCCAUAGAUGGGGCGUAUACGACGAUGAAAGACUUCGGAGGCAGCAGCAGCAGCUUUCAUCCCCUUUAACCAACGCCACCGAUCAUUCUUCUUCAUUCCACUCCUCAGCAGGUAACAGUUCAUACUCCGUCGCCGCUCGCGAACGUUUAGCGUUCGGUAUACCUCCUUCCGAAUCAGACGAGGUCCACCUGAUACCGGAGGUACUCUCCCAAACGGACAGCUCGCUCUCUUUACUUGAGGGUGGGCACUGGCAGGAGGAAUGGGAUACAUUGAGUUCGGGCGCGGAGUCUUUGUUUAGGCAGUUGAGUUUUGAAGAGACGGUGGGGUAUCAGCGGAGAAGUCGGCAGGUGUUGUUGGAGCAGGUGAAGAGGUCCAGCCUUACUUCUUCGGGUUCUUAUCGUUCCAGCGAGGAUGAGGGGUUGCCCAACGAUGAUGCUUCUUGGCGAGCGACUCAGGCUUUUUAUGGACAUGCGGAAUCGCCUCGACAACAAGGGCUGCAGGCAUCACCUCGACAUCAAGAGCCGCAGGCAUCCCCUCGAUAUCAAGAGCUACAGGCAUCACCUGGAUACCAAGAGCUUCAGGCAUCACCUCGACACCGAGAACCGCAGGCAUCACCUCAACAUCAAGAGCCGCAUGCAUCGUCUCGAUACCAAGAGCUACAGGCAUCACCUCGAUACCAAGAGCUACAGGCCUCACCUCGAUACCAAGAGCUCCCUAUACCGCCUAGAAGUUAUGAGUCACCGCGUCCUCCUCCAUCUCCGAAGCCACAACAACGAGCGACCCAGGAUUUUUACAGACACGAAGAGCCGCAGAAAUCACCUCGACACCAAGACCCGCAGGCAUUAAAUCAACAUCAAGAGCCGCCCCUGCCAUCUCGAAAACAAGAGCUGCAUGCAUCACCUCGAAGUUAUGAGUCACCGCGUCCGGCUCCAUCUCCAGGAGCACUUCGGGCCCCUAGGGAUGACUCUACACUGCCAGAGACGGCAAGGGAGCGUGUGAUCCAGGAAUUACGAACAACGGAGGAAACUUUCGUCGACCGCCUGCAAACGUGUGUACGCGUCUUUAUUCUGCCUCUUCGUGUCCAGAGCAGUAGGGAGUGGAUAGUGGGUGUCCCUGCGAAUGUCUCCCGACUCCUCGAUUGGUUUGAAGAUAUUGUGAAUUUGCACUUGUUGAUUUUGCAGGCUUUGAACACCUAUCGUGAUCGCGCAUGGGAUUUGACUAAAUCAUUGCGGGCUUUUAUUCCUCGGUUGGAAAUCUACCAGCCCUACCUGGUCCGGCUCGCUGAUGUGACGGAGGAGAUUGUGGUGUCGAUGGCGGAUGAGUCGAGUAACUUUGGCGAGUUUGUGAAUAUCCAGGAGAGAACGCGAGAAUGUCGGGGCUGGAACUUUGAAGAGUUUUUGAUGGAGCCUGUUCAUAGGCUCGCUGCUUACCAGGAUCUGUUUACACGGCUAUUAGAGUCGACUCCGACGCGGGAUCCAUGUUACAUUUCAACGUUCUUUCUAGCUCGAUCGACGGACUUGGUCAUUAACGUUAUGAAAGAAGUCAAGAUUAGGGAAGAUGAGUAUAAUCUGAUUAAGUCUCUUUCUAUUCGAAUACAGGGGAUACCGCUGGAUCAAUUGGCUACACGGGAACGAAGGCUUUUGCACUCUGGGAUCCUACACCUCACCACGCAAGAUGAACACCUUCAGAGGGCGGGCGCUCCAGAGACUGAACCGUCUCCGAAACCUACCAAUCGAGCGAGUCGGCUUGUGAAUGCUAUCCACGAAUGGGUCCCCAAAAGAUCGAAUUCUGUCAAGUCCACGGCGUCAUCAAGCACUGGGACUUCUGCUUUCUCUGACUUGCAAAUCUGGCCGCCUGGGUCUCCUAAUUGGCUGCCUAUACCCAAACGACUUGGUGCACGCAAUUCGUCUCCAGAAACUCCGAUCAGGACAUCUCCUCAAUCAUUUCCUGUCCAAGUGUUUGUUUUCUCUGAUCUCGUCCUGCUCACAAUCCCGCUGGCGCAAACCCCAGGACAAGAACCCGGUUAUUCUCUGGUUUCAGGAGCCCGAGCAUUUAGGCCCUUCUCAAUCGCUAGGAUGCAAAAGGAUAAUACUGAUGGUCUUCCCUUUUUUUAUAUUGCUUAUAUGAUGUUCUCCAGGUUGAAGCAGUCUCAGUCGAACCCAGCGAGCUCAACAAAGAAGGACUUUUGGCCAAUGCUUUGCUGCGAUCUCUCGAGUUUUCUGUUCCUCAAGCUUCUCCGACGGUGUGCUCUUCUGGUACUGGGAAAGAUGUCGACCGCAUUCAACCUUGGUUGUCAGCCUUCACCCGAUGUUCUCGCUUUUAUCUCCGAUCCCUGA